AUGGAAUAUGGGAUCUGGAGUUUUCACGCCGCGGGUGAACUUUGGGGUGACCCGCGUCUCGCCCGAAGGCACCCGAUUCUACCACCAAGUGCGACGCAGUUGCUACCGAGGGCCGCGUUCGCCCUGAGCGGCCUCCACCGACCGGACAUGGUGCCGUUGCCGUUGACUUCCGCCGGGCCGCCGUACGGACCUAUGGAACUAGUUACGAAACGGGAAACAGGCGAACAGGAUACCGAGAAGAACGAGGAGAAGGAAGAGGAGAAACUGGACGACAACGAAGGGAACAUCGAACCAGCGGACGAGAAUGAUAAUCAGACUUCCACGCCGAAAGAAACUAACGACAACGAGGACGCCGGCGAGGAAAGCGACACCGGAAGUACAAACAGCUCGCAUCGCUCGGCCAACAAUAAUUUAUCCACGAAGCUGCUCGACCCCAUGGCCUAUCUGACUUUCGACAAGGAUGGAACAGUUACACCGGUUCUGAAUGGCUGGGUCCUCGGUGCUUACACCGCCAUGCUUGGAAGGCUUUCGGCAGCGACCGCGGCCCUCGAAGCUACAGAAAUCCCAAACAUCCCGUCUGACAGCGACUCCGAGAGCGAGCAUUCGUCUUACACCGAGAAAUCCCGAGGCAGCAGCCCGAACGUGAGCAAUGCACACCGCGGUUAUUCCUGUGGUUCCUGCGACGUGGUUGCGCCGACGAGGCCAGCUUUGCGGAAGCAUAUUGUCGAUUGUCAUCCGCCAGUAGCCAGCGCGGAAACUGGGGAAACGAAAAGUUGUCCGUCCUCGGGCUGUGAUUUCACCACGAACAGCAGAUGUGAGAUGGAAACUCAUGUAGCUGCGCACGUGGCACAAGGGAUGACACCCACAGGAAAGAAGCGUACACUAGCUUUGCAACGCGUCAGAUAUGAAAGGGAGGAGUAUCGGUGCUCGUUGUGCUCGUACGCGUGCACCAUCGAGAAGGCGUUCCAGAGGCAUUUGAGAGCACACGCGAAGGGCACAGCGCCGGAAACAAGGGUGAGCUGCGCUGUCUGCGGCGCGGACAGGUCGUCGGAAGUGGAUCUGAGCAGGCACAUGAGAAGGCAUCGCGACGACCGAUACUUCUGCUGCGACAUUUGCAUCUUUCGCACGGUGCAGUUGAAAAAGCUCAUCCAACAUCGACGAAUGCACACGGGCGAGAAGCCGCACCUUUGUCCACACUGCGCCUACAGGAGUGCACGUCGUGACAAUCUACGUAGCCACGUAAGACGAGUGCACAAAAAGGAGAAUUUAUAUUGCGACACGUUCAGCCCGCGGGGCAUGCUGUUGACACCCACGAUCGGGAGAGACAGCCCUCUGGUACAGAGCCCGGAAUCCUCGCCGUCAUCGAACUCGGAAUCCACGAACUAG